AUGAGUACAGUUCAGUUGCACCCCCAUUUCGUUGCGGCGUGUAACUACGCCGAUGUUAGCUCCGUCGUAGGACUUCUGAAGGAGCCGAUUGACAGCGGCGACUUUAAGACAAACGACGAUGCGCCGUACCUCCCAUCCGCGUACACGAGUACCAUUCACCUGGGUGAUGCCCUAGGUGAGCUUUCGUAUCCGACUCACCCGCCGUCGCCGCGAAGGCGGACUUCGAACCUCACGACGGGCGCAAAAACGGUGCACACCUCUUUCGCUACAGACGCAUCGGUGCCGUCGAAGCGGUCACCUCUUUCUUUGAUUGAGGUGCAUGUCGGGUCGGAGGACGGGAAAGCUGCUCCCUUCUUGAUUCAGCCGUCGCAAGCGUCGCCGACACCGAGCAGCUCGCGGCUGCGGCUGAGCCAUGGCCCGUCCUUGAACGGUGUCGAGGCACGCCGGCCAAGGGUGUUGUGCAUAUGGGACGUGGAUGACACCCUCGUUGCAUCCGGAGCCCGUGGGAUUCGUCAGAACACUGUGUUCCGGGAUUCUGAGCUGGUCGAACUCUUCCGCAGCGCCGGUGACACCGCGCGCCAUUUGCUUCUCUCGCAAGGGAGCAUCGACGAUGUCUUAGAGAAGCCGGGCGGGCGACUGUGGUGCGUGCGGCCCUUUCUGGAGCGCACGACUGACUUCACCGGCGAUGGCCGUGCGAGGGCUGGCGACACAGGUCGUUCCUCCCCGGCGCCAGCCUCGUCUAGCAAAGGCGUGAAGAAAGGGAAAUCGUUUGCAAAUUUUCUCCGUUGCGGGGGUGUUAGCCGGACAAAGGUGCAGCCGGCGUCAAGGUCAUCGCUGACCAGUCACACCGAUGCCUCGAAUGGAGGCAGAUCUGCCAGCGACCGCUUGAACGAACACGACCUGCGACACUUUGCAUCAGGCACGGUUGUGGUGCGUCUCGCCACCGUGCGAGAAGGCAGUGAAAAGGUAGAGGACUCUGCUUUUCUGGACGACCCCAGCGCGUCACUGACGUGCAAGUGCACCUUCAAUGGGCAGCUGGACGACAAGGCAGAACAGCAGGGCCGAUGGCUCAUUCUUCGACCGGAGGUGUGGGGCAUCACACUCGCGUCAAUGAACACGUUCUUCCCACCGUCACGCAACACAGCGUUCGUGAACGGCAAAGUAUACCGCAAGAUGGACGUUGUCUGGUCGCUUGCCAUGACCAGCGAGUGGGACUCCGUCUUCUUCAUUGACAACAACCUCUCGGAGGUCGGCGUGGUGCGGUAUGGGCUGCAGAUGUCGGACAUGCACGAUUUGCGGCGUCAGCACAAGGUGUAUCGUUUCUUCCAGGCCGAUUAUCUGCUCCUCGCGACCUCGGCGAAGCUUCGCGAUCUGGGACUGCGGUACGGUCGUGACGUCACAAAGGCGCCCGACACCGCCGAGCUCGCGCCGUCGCUGGAAGACAAGCAGAAUCGUAGUACUUGGGGCCAGCAGGCGCAGAAAGCGGCGGCCGCUGCUGCCACCAGCUCAAGUUCCUCGACAGUAAUAUCAAAGGGCAGCAACGCCGAAGAGGCGAGCGAGUCGAAGCUGUGCAAGUUCGUUGCAGUGUCCAGCUCUGGCAGCGCCGGUACCACAGGCUCCCAAACCAGUGGUGUAACGAGCAGCGACGCCGGCCUCUACGCAUCCUGGAAGGGGUGCUCAUCGAUGCGGGGUCCCGGCGCCAACGGCGUUGCAGACGACGUGAAAAUUGUGAAGUCAAAGGAGGGGGAUAGUGCGCCUCCGCAUCCAGAUGCAACGUCCCCGCUAAUGGCGCAACGCCGACACCGAUCGAGCAACAGCUACCCCCCUGUAGAGGCGGAGUGCCUGUCACUCAGGCUCCCCUCCUUCCCCCCCUGUCACCGUCUUCACGAGGGCGGCAACGGUGAUCUCGGGGCCUCGGUGACCACGGCGAAUGCAAUGAUGCGCUCUCCGAAGCUUUCAUACAAGGAUGUGAACCUGAUUGUCGUGAACCUGCACAUGCCAUCUGAAGCGUACCGCCAGGUACUGACCACUGCACGUGCCAGCAGCAGCGCACAGCGCAGCAUGCAGCGCGCCAACAGCCACCUCAGCAGGUACGUCGGCCAGCCUGUGUUUGCCGGCGACCGUAGCUGCACGGAUGAGCAAUACAAGGACGUCCUCAAGUACUUCCAGGAGGCGGAGAGUACUCUCUUCCAACUAAUCGAGGAAGAGAUGCGGGCGAACGGCUUCGUGGAUGUCAACAAGGCGAGCCGCUGGGUGCCGUGCACGCGCAUGGUGUGCGCACCGAUUCGCAUUCGACCGACGUUUGUGCCGCACAUGCUCAGCUUCUACAAGCCUUUUUUCGAGGAGGUAGAGGAGCGGCUGGUUGAGACGCUGCAGCGCACGGGUGGCUCGAGUGCGUCAUGCGUGCUGCACACAGAGGCGCAGCGACAGUACUACAUCCUGCAGCGCGUGCUCCCUUUCAUUGAUCCGUAUUUGACAGGGGACCUUGGCCGCAUCCUCUUUGACGUCUACACCACAGACGGCAGCAUCCCUCGCUCGCUGGCAGAGCAGCUGAGGAAGACGGUUGCCAGAACGCGGGAACGCGUUGAGCCUUUGCAGAAGAAAAGACGGCGGUGA